AUGGGUUCUCUGUUAGAGCCAAGACCCAUGUCGUUGAUGCCGUUUAUAUGUCUGAUUCUACUCUGCUUGACGCCGUUCCCUGCAAUACCAGUGGCCGACGAUGACACACUGACUGCUUACGAAGCUCUUCAACAAUAUGAUUUCCCGGUGGGGAUUAUCCCAAAAUCGAUCGUCGGCUAUGAUUUGGACAGAUCUACUGGGAAGUUCUCAGCUUAUUUGAAUGGUAGCUGCAGCUUCUCUCUGGUCGAUUCCUACCAGCUCAACUACGAACGCACCAUCACAGGCUAUAUUUCCAAAGACAAGCUCACUCAAUUGAAGGGUGUUACUGUUAAAGUUUUCAUCUUUUGGGUUAACAUCAUCCAGGUGGUUCGAAGUGGCCAAGAGCUUGAAUUUUCUGUGGGUAUCGCUUCUGCUUCUUAUCCUAUCGAAAACUUCCUAGAGUCGCCGCAGUGUGGUUGCGGAUUCGAAUGCGAUGAUAAACCAUCAAAGGGGAAUGAAGGGAACCUCCUCGUUUCUGCUACUUAGGAGAAAUUGAUUGCAGUUUGUCAAUGGAGUCUCAGUAAUGGUACCCUGUUUUCUCUAUCGUUUAUGUGUUCUUGGUAGGUUUCUUCACUAUGGUGUUUCUGUAAUGGUAGAUUGUCUUCUAUGUGUAGUACAAUUAAUAAUCUAUUAGAAUGCUAUUUACUAUGUGCA